AUGGCAAAUUGGGUAACUACAUUUACGAUCGGGCUCAUCUCUCAUAACCAAAGCAAAUUGUCCUCUGGUGCACCUGAAGUAGAUAUGGCACUUCGAGCAUUUUGGACCUCAUUUCUCUUGUUACAUCUUGGCGGUCCAGACAACAUCACUGCCUUUUCUUUGGAGGAUAAUACGCUUUGGCGACGGCACCUGUUCAAUCUCACCUUCCAAGUCGGUACUGCCAUUCAUGUCUUCGUGCAGAUAAUUCCCAAUAACAAGUCGCUGGUGUUCCCAACAAUGCUGGUUUUUCUUGCCGGGGUCAUAAAAAAUGUGGAGAGGAUACUAGCACUUAAUCUCUCGAACCUCCCAAGGUUUAAGGAAUGGGUGCUCUCACAACAGGAGUCUCUUGACGAUACAGGUAACGACUCUAUUGUCGAAUUCAUUGAUCUAUUGGAUGGAUAUUCUCGCGGUGAAGAAGAUGCAAAGCUUGCCGAGAGCACUGUGGUGAAGCAUGCUUACUACUUCUUUCAAAUCUCUAAGGUUUUCCUCACAGAUCUCAUCUUCACACGUAGACAACGUCUAAUAAGCCAAGAAUAUUUCCGUGCAAUUUCUGCUAUUGAUGCUUUAAGGGUGAUAUCAGUUGAACUCCAUUUCAUUUAUGAGGUGCUCCACACAAAAGCAUUGGUAAAACGUACCAAGCGGAGCUACAUUUUCCGCUUUGUAGCCUUCACUAAUGUUGUGAUGGCUUUGGUCCUGUUCAAUCGCUUGAAGGAGCAUCAGCUCCCUAAACUUGACGUGAAAAUUACUUAUAUCCUUCUUUUCGGAGGAAUUGCUCUUGAUGUGAUAUCUGUGCUCAUGCUCGUUUUCUCUGACUGGACUGUUGCUGGAGUCAAGUGGUACAAACUAGGAUCGUACAACCUAGAUUCAUUUCUCCACAACUUGGUAUCUACCGCGUAUGACCUUUGGAAGCCUCAAUUUGCCACAUGUGAAGUAAAGCCUAACGACAAGGCUACUUAUGUGGUCUUAGAUACACCAUUAUUAUUUCGAAGGUGGUCAGAAUCCAUGUCUGCUUGCAAUCUUUUAUCUGAGAGUUUGGAGGAGAGUCCAAGAAAGAUGUAUAAGCGCGAUUGGCAUUGGGGAAACGUCGCCUUUUCUAAUAUCUGCAAUUUUGCACUUUAUACGACUGAGAAGGUUGCCUCUUGUUUCCAUCAAGCUGUUGAUACAAUCACUGGAAGCUAUGGUCCAAGGAGAAUGGAUGGGAAAAGAUUGAUGAUUGCGAACACAGAGUACGUGUCAACGAAUCCAUUUAUUAUGAGGUUAUGGAUCUUUAUCUUUAAGGAGGUGAGGAGUAAAUCCGAGGACACGGAUAGAAAUGAUCUGACGGAGGAUGAGAAUGCAAUUAAUACAAAGAAGAUAUAUGCGGCUAAAGGUGAUCUAUUUCUUAGUACUGUCCUGUCCAAGAACAAUGACCUCGAUUUUAAAUUUAGUUUGAGGGGCUUUUCUGAUUACGAGGACAGUAUUAUAACGUGGCAUAUUGCUACCGAAAUCCUGUAUAACAUAGAGAACCCCACAACCGAAAAAGAAGAAAGGGAAUUCAGCAAGAUCCUCUCUGACUACAUGUUAUAUCUUUUACUUAAUCAACCUAACUUGGUAUCCGCCGUGGCGGGCAUUGCCCAAAUUACAUUGGCGAGGACGUUGUGGGAGCUACAGGGCUACAUCACUGCUUCCACCAAGAAUGUGGAGAGCUUAUGCAAGGAAAUUUUCGAACGACCGGCCUACACUGAACCUACGAAAUCGUUACUCGAUGGGGGGAUCUUUUGGGCCCGACGUAUAGAAGAAGAGUUCAAGGAAAGGAAGUGGGAGGUGAUGAGCGGGGUGUGGGUCGAGAUGCUAUCAUAUGCAGCAACUCAUAUCAAGGGAGAGACGCAUGUGCAGGUGCUGAGCAAAGGUGGAGAGCUUCUUGCCUUUGUUUGGCUGUUGAUGAUUCAUUUCGGUUGUUUCUACAGACCUGAAUGGGGCCCAUAUUAUGGUUACAGGCAUUAG